AGCCGGAAACGCGAAUCCCCAAGCUUCUAAAGGUUGGCUUGAGAGCCUGCCGCACAACCAGGUCUGUAAUUACUCUGGAAUCAGUAAGCCAUGGCGUCAAAGAAAUUUGCUGUUAAGUGUGGGAAUUUUGCUGUCCUGGUGGAUCUUCAUAUAUCUCCGCAAGGUUCAAACAAAGAUACCAGCUGGUUUUCUGAACAGAAGAAAGAGGAAGUCUGUUUACUGUUAAAAGAAACCAUUGAUUCAAGAGUGAAGGAAUACUUAGGAGUUCGUAAACAGCACAGGCCGUCAAAUACAGAAUUCACAAGAUCCAGUCCCUUGUCCUUAAAAGGUUAUGGCUUUCAAAUCACAGCCUACUUCCUCAAGAGAGGGAUACGUCUCCGCUGCCUCGGGGGCUCACAGAAUGCAGAACUCCGGGUAUUUCCCGACAGAUUUGUGGUCUGCGUAAGUCAGCUUGCAUUCAGUCACGAUCUUUUGGCAAGUCAGAGUGAAGAGUUGCCGGGAAGAGCUCUCCAAGGAGCGUCGGAGGAUCGUGCUGCGUGCGUGGAGAGGCCGCUUCUUCCUGGCGCAGAGCUCAGGAGAAACGCUCUGCAAGACCUUGUGAACAGAACUGAAACAAAAAGGAGCGUCGUGAGCAGAUCACGGAGCAGCAGGAACAGUGUGGGAACAUCCAGUGGCUCAGUGACUGCAGAGGUAGCACGGAAGAGGGGGGACAGCGAGGCCCCGUCCAGUCCCCCGGCCGCGGGACAGGCGAAGGCUUCCAUAAGGGCAGCUGAGAGCCACCGGGGGCUUCCUGUUCCAAAGCUGGAGAGAGUUCAUCAGCCCCCGCCAGAAGGCACCAGCAGCCAGCAGAAACGUCAUCCUGGGGCGCGGUUAGAGACGGGGCUUCUACGCGGGAGCCCCGUCUGUAGCUGUGAGUCAGCACCCCCGGGUCCAAAACAAAGUCCACGAGGGGCCAGAGCGCAACAGAAACGCAGGAGCCGCGGCUCUGUGGAAGACGCCGACCACCGCAAGAGAGCUUCUCUUGGAAGUGAUCGAUUAGUCCCGAGGGAAAUAAUAGUGGAAAAAAGCAAAGCUGUCAAGGUUUUGCCAACUUCAGAGCUGUCAGAUCCGGGGUUACUUUUGAAACGAGAUUUGGCAGAAACCGCGUCUAAUGAAGAGUUGCAUGCUUUGGAAAAUCUCUCCUCCAGACAUCUUAUGAAAAAUAAGCCAGGGCAGGCACGGCAAACCGGCUCAGCCACAAACACUGAAAGAUUAGCUACGACUCAGGGCAGCGCAAGCAAGAAAAGAAAGAAGUACGAAAGAGGCCACUAACUUACGGAAGAAGAUUGCAAACUCGUAGUUGAGGAUAUAGUGGCCAAGACUGUGACAAACGAGCAGUGUGUCUAGAUGCCGUGAUUUUAAAGGAAUUCGAAUGAUUGUUUCAAAUAGAAAAUACAUACCUGCGUUGGGGUCAGCUUUCAAAGCAGCGGCCUCCAGGAGCCUACAUGCUUGUUCUGACAGCAUUGCUACUUUCUCGUUCACACUUUAUAACUGUCUUCAGAAAUUUACUUUAAUGAUAAAUAGCCACUCGCUUUGUUGGCAGUGACAGUGUCCAUGAAGGAACCGUAUGAAGAAACCAAUCUUUUGCCUCCUUGUCACAUCCCUGUACGGACCACACGACGGGCCACGGUGCUGCUGGUCAGUUCUCCUGCCCUUCAGCCUGAGGAGGGCAGCAGUGGAGGAACAGGCUAGCGGUUCACACUGUCUGCCUGUGGCACCAGCAUCAUGGUCUGAAUCUGUGGAAGAAAUGCAGAGCCUGGGUCCCACCCGGACCUACAGAAUGAGAAACUCUGGGGGGAUUCUGAAACCUGCCCAUGUUCGAGAACCACCGGGCUAAUUGGAGACUCCCUAGUGUUGAUCUCCUCCAGCCUGGCAAUUCUGGCCUCCAGCGCAUCAGCAGGGGCCCACGUGUGGACAUGCACCCAUCAUGCUCCCUCAAACCUGUAAAGCACCUGGGUUCAGUGUAUGAGUCACUCUGUUCCCAGCUUCUUAAGCAGGGCGGCCACAGAGCCCAGGGAGCUGUGACUUUAUCCUAGGAGUUGCAGGACAUUUACAUAUAAUUCAGCCCAACAUUAGGGGAAGAUGUGGGAGAAGCUUGUUCUUGCUUGUAGCUCAGGCAUGUCCCUGCCCUUGCCGCCACCUCUAAGAUUCUGGUUUAAGUUCAGGACAGACCAGAACCCAAGUGGAACUCAGCGGCCAGAGUUUGCAGUUUUCCACUUGGAAGGCUUCACAGGCAGUUUAAAUUUCAAACCAGGAGCCUUCCAUUUGCAGUAUCACCCACUGUUGUCUCCAGUGGGCUUGCUGAAAUGUCACAUAGUGAAUCAUAGCAAUGACUUAUUUUGGAUGGACACCUACAGUAGAUUUUCUUAACCCAGUUUCAUUCUAAAAUAAGAAACCAUAUGCAAAGGCCACCCAUCAAAUGUAUCUUUUUUCCUGCUCAACAUUGGGUGGUCCUUUGAAGUAGUACCUCCCUAGUAACAAGGAAAAUCAAGUAUAUUCCCCAAAGUGUAGGAGUUAGCAAAAAAUAACCCAGAAAAAGCCCAACAAUAUAAAAGAAUAUGGAGGUAGACACAGUGUAAGUUCAUGCUUAAGAUUAAUUAGUGGUUUCUCCCAGCUCAUUGUGUCCUUCCCCACUCUCCUUUCCCCUCUUAGAUUGCAGGGCAAGGCUCAUUAAGAGGCAACCAUAUUUCAUGGCAUCAUUUUGCGUCAUGAAGCUAAGUCUUGCUUGCCAUACCUGGCCGUGGAUACAGGUGCUAGCCCUUUGAUGUUCCAGACUCUCCUGGUAGCCUGUUCCCUUCCUAUGGUCCCAGCCUCACCACCCCCACCAGGAACAUGGCCCCGCCCACUGAUGCCUCUUCCUCUUCCCACUUAGCUUUUUUCCUGCCCCAGGUGAUUCCAGUCACAGGAUUCUAUAGGAGAGGGAGCCCAACAGAACACCAACCACAGUGGAGCAGAUUCUGCUCCUCCAAUAGGGGCAGACUACACAGGGUGGAAACCUCCUGAGAAGGUGGUAGAACAUGGCCCAUCCUGGGCCCCUCUCUUAGAGCGAUGCUAUUCUCGGUGUGCGCUUCUCUAAAGACAGAACCACAGUGUGUCAUUGAAUCUCCUUAAACAAUUAUUGGAACAGUUUAAGCAGAGAGGGCACAAAUAGUAACCCAGGGAAUAGGCCAAGAAACAAUGAGCUCCCUGGAAGAGUCUGGAAUUAAAAAGAGCCAUUCCAAUAGCUGCUGCCUACCCCAGAACUAGGAGAUAUUUGAACUGGAGGCACCAGAGAAAGUUUUUAUCGAGUUUUUAUUUCAUUAGUUAACCUAGGCCUGGUGGUUAAAGCCAAUACUUACACGCUUAGUGAUCGUCCUUCAAGAAAAGUCUUGUUUUAGAGUUUGGUAUAUUUGUGGAAGUAACAAUGACUGUGAUCUAGAGGGAAAAUAGCACCUUUGGCUGUAGAUAGAUAGGGUCUUUCUCACAGCCAUCAUGUACCUGGGAUUUUUAUCAGGAUUAACAGAGGGAACAGCUCUCUGCUUCCGCAAUAGGGCAUGUGUUUGAGGAAUUUCACCUUUAAGCAUUUUCCUUCCACAUGUCUGAAACACCCAUGGAUCUUUUGUUACUUGAGUGGUGCUUUGAUUCUUUGGAUAUUUGGAAGUACGGAGUGGAAAAGGGCUGCCAGGUUUUUUUUGUUGCUUAUUAGGUGGGAAAUGAAGAGUUGGUUCUCUACUGCCAGAAGUGGGUGUGUUUUGAUAUUCUUAAUAAUCUUAAUAAUUUCCAGCAUCUGAAAAUCUGAGACCCUGUCAGUAUUCUUAGUUAAAAAGAAUAAGUUCUUCAACCACUUACUUAAUAAAGCAAAUUAAAUGUAUAGUCAAGUUCCCGUAAGUCUGAUGCUUGGAAGAAAUAUGGAUCCAAUUUGAUUAAUGUUAUAACUUUGAACUCCCUAACUUUCUCGAUGUCAUGGCUUCUAUGUCACCUCCAAGUGCUUUCAAAUGACUU